UUCUAGAGGCGGAAGUAAGAGGUAUCUACUACGAACUUUGAUGCAGAACGCGAGUGUAAACAAAAACUUUGGGCUAUCCGAUGAUUAUGGCAUCAAGAAACAUCUGGUGUGUGAGAAGGAACUUUGUCUUUAGUUCAGGAGGUUGGACGCUGCAAUAUUCAGCGGAACGUUUCCUCAAAUUGAUUCUGUUUAGGCCUUUUAGUGUGAAAUGUGACAGUGACAGUAAAGAGAGAACGCCUCUGGAGAACGAGGACCGGCUGAACAACCUACUCACCAUGGGAGUUGAUAUUGACUUGGCAAGGAGACGACAGCCUGGAGUGUUUAACAGGAUGGUCACGAAUGAGCAGGAGCUGAAGAUAUUCCUUCUAUCCAAAGGAGCUAGUGACAGAGUGAUUGGUAGCAUCAUCUCAAGAUACCCACGAGCCAUAACACGCACUCAUGAAAGUCUUUCCAGACGGUGGGAUCUGUGGAGAAAGAUUAUGGCAUCAGACCUUGAAAUUAUAAAUAUUUUGGAGCGUUCUCCUGAAUCCUUUUUUCGGUCUAAUAACAACCUAGACUUAGAGAAUAAUAUAAAGUUCCUUAGCUCAGUUGGAUUGACUCCUAAAUGCCUCUGCCGACUGUUGACCAGAGCUCCUAGAGCCUUUUCCAAUAGUCUGGGUUUGAAUAAGCAAAUGGUUGAAUUUUUGCAGAAGACCAGUACGUCCUUAGGUCACAACAAUCCCCCAGAUUUUGUCAGGAUGAUAAUUUCUAAAAAUCCUUCCAUCUUAAUUCAGAGCACCAAACGGGUGAAAGCUAACAUUGAAUUUUUACAGUCAGCGUUUAACUUAGACAAAGAAGAUCUGCUGCUUCUGAUCUGUGGCCCAGGAGCUAAGAUCCUAGACCUUUCCAAUGAAUGCACCAAAAAAAACUACACAAAUAUCAAAGAGAAGCUGCUCUCUCUUGGAUGCACUGAGGAGGAGGUGCAGAAGUUUGUCCUCAGCUCUCUGAAUGUGGUCUUCUUGUCAGAGAAAAAGUUUAAUGAUAAAAUAGACUGCCUUAUGGAAGAAAAAAUCAGCAUUUCACAAAUAAUUAAAAAUGCGAGAGUUUUAGACUUAAGCAUAAGUACUUUAAAAACUCGAAUCAAAGAGUUGGUACAUGCUGGGUAUGACUUGAGUACAUCAAACAUUGCCCUCCUGUCCUUGAGUCAGAAAAGAUAUAAAGCUAAAUUGAGAAAAAUGCUUGGGGAGUCUCAAGGAACCUUGGACGUGUAGUGCUAGUUCCAGUUUGGGCUUUUCAAAAACGAGAAUUUUAUUUUUUUUAAUAAAUAUUUAAAAAUGUUUAAGAUUACA